CAGUCACAGCACUUAUACACAGAAUAUAGGCACAUCUAACAAAAGAUACCAGAAGCUACGGCAUGAAAUUUAUUAUUUUUUACUUCUCUCUUAUAAAGUUGCGAGUAACACGAUUCCAAGGUAUCCCAUAGAUAGAGCUCGUCGAGCUGCAUCUGGAACGCUAGUUGGAACGGUUGGAACGCACUGCUGUGCGAAUCGCUGGUGGAAUGAUUGAGAAAAUCCAUGCAAUUCCUACUGGAAAACCGGUAUUUUGGGUUUUGCUAGGUUUUAGCUGGAGCUAUGAGGAUUCCAAGAUAUCCCAUAGAUAGAGCUCGUCGAGCUGCAUCUGGAACGCUAGUUGGAACGGUUGGAACGGACUCCUGGGCGAAUCGCUGA